AUGCUGCUGCUCAGAGGGCCUAGCCAGGUGUGUGGCAUCUGGUGGAUUCUGGUGUGCAGUGCUGGAGCUGGUGCAUCCAUCCCGGGAGAGGAUGCAUCGGAUGACGAGGCAGUGUUGUUGGCAACCUACGCAUCGCACGAGAUUGCGAGGCUCCAGGGGGAGGUGCAGCUUUGGAAGUCGAGAUACGAACGGCUCUUGAAGCUCUUCGCCGACUUCUCCAGCCAGCCCCAGACGGUGCAGGACCUGCGCGUGGAUGACACGUACUUCAUGCCCGGCAACGUCCAGCACUGCCGGGGCGAGAUUGCUGCCACGACUCCUUCAGAGGCCACGAAUCCCCAACAGGAGCCUGACAUUGACUUUCCGAACUACAGGUACCUGGUGUACGGUCAGGACUCUCAAUUCGCCCACCGGCUGCAGCAGUCGUACGAUGGUGCAUCCCAGAGUUUGGAGCACUUCCUGCGGAUUCUGCCCGAGUCCCGGACGCCUGCCAUCAUGUUCGACAUCGACAACACGCUGGCAUACACGGGGUUCAAUGACACCGAUGUUGUCGGGAAGGCCCCUCCCCUUGCCACAGCCAUCAAGUUUGCAGAGAGAUGGUGCGCCUUCGAGGGGGCGGCUGACGGUCGCUUCGAGUGCUUCUUCUUCACUGCAAGGUAUUGCACGAGCCUGAAAGCAGCCGCCACAAAGAUCUGGGUGGCUGACAACUUCCCCGUGAGCCAUGACUGGAUUGACACGCAUGUCUUCCUGACAGGUGGAGUCGGGGGUUGCGAGUCCGGAGACUGCAGCCUGGCUUACAAAGCAGCCUUGCGCCACUGGUUCGCCGAGACGCAGGAUGUGUUCUGGGUGAUGAGCAUUGGCGACCAAUUCACGGACUCGGCUGGUGUCGCAUCCGGGCUGCGAGUCAAGUUGCCGAACUUCUGGUUCGACAGCAGUGUGGUGCCGAACCCCUUGGGAAAUGGUGGCCAGAUCGACCUGGAUGACAACCGGGAGUUCCCACCUGAAAGUCAACACUGUGGCCUCAACUGCGUGGUGGGCCCGGAUGGGCCAUGCCUGGAAGCUGCCCUGCGCGACGACGCGAUCUACUGGCAUACGCGACUGCAGUACUGCCUGGAUCAAGACAGCACGAAGGCACCUGACCAAGUGCAUGGGUGUACAUACAACCUCUUGACGCAAGAGGUGAGUUGUUGA